AUGCCGGCCCGCGUCCCCGCGCUCGGGGCCCCGGGGCGGACGCGCCGCAUGUGGUUCGUGUGCCACGGCCUGGGCAUCGCGUGCGCCGCCAGCACGUGGGUGCUGGUGCUGGGCGCCGCGGGCGUGCUGCUCCGAGCGCAGCUGCUCCCGGCCCGGGACGCAGCCUACGGCCGGGCCCACGGCGCGCUCUUCCACCUGCUGGCCUUCCUGGCGCUGGCUGCGCAUGCGCGGGCCAUGCUCUCCGACCCCGGCUCCGUGCCCCUGGGCGCCGCGGCCCGCGGCCCCCGCUGUCCCCUGUGCGGCUGCGCCCAGCCACCGCGCGCGCAUCACUGCGUGGUGUGCCGACGCUGCAUCCGCAAGAUGGACCACCACUGCCCCUGGGUCAACAACUGCGUGGGCGAGGACAACCGGAAGUUCUUCCUGCUCUUCGCGCUCUACGCGGCCCUGGGCUCGCUGCACCUGUUGCUGCUGCUCGGCGUGCCCGCCCUGCGCGGCUACGCGCGCGGGGAGUGGGACUCGCGCAGCACCCUGACGCCGCGCGCCUCCCUCAUCUUCCUCCUCCUGGUGGCUCUGAAGGGCUUCCUCUUCGCCUCGGCCAUGUUCGCCACCCAGUUGCACGCCAUCUGCACCGACCGAACCAGAAUCGAGCCGCUGCGGAGGGAGCGGGCCGGGCCGGGCAGCGGGUCCAAGUGGAUGAACCUGAAGGCCGUCCUGGGCCACCGCCUCUCCCUGGCCUGGAUCAGCCCCUCCGCCUCCCCGCGACCUCAGAGGGCACGGGGGGCCCUCUUUGUGGUCUGACACUCUCCUGAGCAAACUCAGCCACCAUCUGCUGAAUCCCCAGCGGGCGUUGAGGGGAGUUUCCUCAAGAAGUCGCCUUGUGUCCCGUCCACGGACAAGAC